AUGGCCGAGCCACACAUCACACCGUCGCACUCUGCACUCACGAGAGAGUCCAGCAGGUCUUCUCCUAGCAGGGUGGUGGGCGGUCGGUGGUUUCGUCAAGAGCGUAAAGCUAGCUCUAGUCGUCGAAGCAGACGUAACGCGACGUCGCCCCAACCGCAUACCAGCCGCCAGCCAUUCGGCCCGACCCCCGAUUCAGAACCAUUCAACGUCGAACUAAGAAGGAGUUCACGGCUCGUUAACUCGCUACCAAGAUCUGAUUAUUCCAUUUCCGAGAGGUGGUCCUACGGAACCGACGUCUACGAAACCAGAUACGACACCCCCGAAUCUAAACACGGAGACACCCCGAGACAUACCGCCGGCGAACAACCGAAACGGCGACGGACUUUGUCGUAUGACAAGAAGAAAUCGAAGAGGCAUUCUUUAUCGACUACAUCUGCUGCAAUCGAGUGUGUAGCGUACCGGACCCGUUCACGGACUGCUCUUAACUCAUCCGAGAGUGUUUGUGAGCAAGUACUAAAUAAUACAAGUAUCCAUCCCCAGUAUCGCCUGCCAAAUCAGUUCGCUACAAGCACCCCGACUCAACAGCCAUUACACAAAACUGAGGGUGGAUUAUUGCCUCUAGACGAGAGAGAUUACGCGUAUUCGCCGUUCAGCUCAUCCACUGUCACUGAGUUGCUAGACUCCGAUUACUCAGUUUACAGUCCCACUACCAGUCGCAGGAAGGGGAAGAAAAGGAAACGACCAUCACAUCGCUCUCUAUCAAAUAGAAAGAGUAGCACCUACUUCUCCAUUGAAGAGUGUAAGAAACCCAAAGUAGAUACGCGUACAAAAGAAGCACUAGAAACGGGCAAGAGCAUUUUCAGCGAGAAAGGAACCCCUGAACAAGAUUCGGAGAAAGUCGACGCACUUUCUGCUCAAGCAUCGUGUACAUAUCUGUUACGAAAGCGCCAUAAUCGUGAUCUCGGCCCGCCCACUUCCACUGUUGUUAGCGACAAUACAGUUCUCACAGAUUGGGUUAUUGCAGUAAACGUAUCACCGAACGAGGUGAUAUUGACACCAGCUGAUCGUAAAAGCGCAGAGAUUCGCGGCAGAACUACUUCGCCGCCGCCAUUUAAAGAUUUACAAGAAGCCAGUUCCUCCAAACCGCAUAGCUCUGACAGCAAGUUGUUAAUCGUUCCCCGCGACCUCCCCUACUUACGUCAAACUAACGCCAGAAGAAGUAUCGCUGCUGCAACGGGUGCGACUCUGGGUGCUUGCCUGACGAGAGGAGCUAGCACCUCUCAACGGCAGAGGCAGGAAACAUCGUCUAAAAGACAGUCGGGCGGGGGCGAGGACGCAGGCAGUAGCACGGGAAGCGGGCGGCGUGCGCGCGCGCGCGACAUGCCGCAACCGCAGCCGCACGCACAGUCGUCCUCUACACGCCGGGACAAAAGAGGUAAAAGCAGUCUGGGUUCGUGCGCCAGCGCAGGCGGUGCAUCCGGCCGGUCUCAUUCGCAAUCUGUAACCACGGGUGCUAUAGCGUCAACAUCUUCUACGCCGCCGGUGUCAGCUUCAGCGGCGUCGAUGCCUGAUAACGCGUCAAACGAUGCCAAGCCCAAGGGCAAAGCAUCGUCACCGGCGGAAGAGUGCAGCGGCGGCGGAAGCAAUGCAGGUGGUGCAGAGGAAUCCUCCUCGGAGGAGGGGGAAGUGGGGAGACUGCAGGCGCUUCUGGAAGCUCGUGGCUUACCGCCACACUUGCUUGGUGCUCUUGGACCCCGUAUGCAACACCUCUUGCAUAGAACAGUCACUGCUAAUUCUGCAGCGGCAUCGAAAGCGGCGCAGCUGCUGUCCGGACUGCAGGCGACUGGUGAUGAGGGCCAACAGUUGCAAGCGGUGAUAGAAAUGUGCCAACUAUUGGUGAUGGGCAAUGAGGAUACGCUGGCAGGCUUUCCGGUUCGGCAGGUCGUGCCGGCUUUAGUCAACCUGCUUGCCGCUGAAAAUAACUUUGAUAUGAUGAACCACGCAUGCCGUGCGCUAACAUACAUGUUGGAAGCGCUACCUCGCAGUAGCGGAGCUGUGGCCCUCGCAGUGCCAGCCUUCCUAGACAAGCUGCAGGCCAUCACUUGUAUGGACGUGGCGGAACAGUCGCUCACAGCCCUGGAUAUGCUCUCCAGGAGACAUUCUAAAGCUAUUCUGCAAGCGCGCGGCGUGUCAGCUUGCUUGACGUAUCUGGAUUUCUUCUCGAUCAACGCUCAACGUGCGGCGCUCUCCAUCACGGCUAACUGCUGCCAGAAUCUCACUCCAGACGAGUUUCACCUCGUCAGAGACUCGCUUCAACUACUUGCUAAUAGAUUAACAAUCCAAGACAAGAAGUCUGUGGAGUGCGUGUGCUUGGCGUUCUCUCGUCUCGUGGACAGCUUCCAACAUGAUCCAUCUCGUCUCCAGGAGAUCGCGACACCUGAACUGCUCACAAACUUGCAACAACUAUUGGUAGUACAACCACCGUUGAUAGCUGGAAACACCUUCAUCACGGUACUUCGCCUUCUAUGGGUGAUGUGCGCCGCGUGCCCUCAACUCGCUCUGGCUCUUCAUCAGCGCUCUAUCGCCGACACACUACUUUGUCUACUCACAGGCUCUACUGUGCAUAAUGAGCAAGUUGAAUUACUGCCACGUCUUCCGCAAGAACUAUACGAGAUCACGUGCCUGAUUGGAGAAUUGAUGCCCAGACUCCCGACUGAUGGAAUAUUCGCAGUGGAUGCUCUGCUAGAUAGACCGUGGUCUGCCAAUAACGAACGUGGUGCCCAAUGGCAGUGGCGAGAUGAUAGAGGUGUAUGGCGGUCUUAUUCUUGGGCAGAAUGUCGUGCGCUGGAGGCUGGUGCGAGCGCUGGUGAGGAGGAGGUGUGUCUUGCUACACUGGGCCGUUCCUACACCGUGGACCUGACCACCAUGCAGCAACUCAACGACCAUACCGGCACUGCGCGGCCUGUGCAACGCCUGCCGCCACCAACCGCAGCCACGUCCCACGGGAGUAGCACAGAUGGAUCGUCCCCGCCGGCUGAUCAACGUAUAGCUAUGGUGCGUUCAAAUCCGUCUCUAGUGCGUGCGCUAUUGGCGGUCCUACAUGAGGUGUAUUGGAGCUCUGCUGGACCAGCCGUGCGCUCGCAAGCACUUAAAGCUAUUCUCCGCUGUGUCUACUAUGCUGAUGCUCAGCUACUUCGACAAGUGCUUAAAACUCAGGUGAUAUCAUCUCACAUUGCGGGUAUGAUGGCUUCGAGCGACUUGCGCAUUGUGGUAGGAUCACUGCAGUUGGCGGAAAUCCUCAUGCAGCGCUUGCCCGAAGAGAUGGGCGCUCAAUUUCGUCGCGAAGGUGUGCUUCAUCAAGUGGCACAGCUGGCUCAAAAAGCACCAACACCCCAGCCCACUAGGCAGGCGAAACUCAAGUCUCCUAGUGGCGCUAGCGUACGUUCAAGUGGUAACUCGUCACCUCCGGCCUCUACGUCAGGAUCGUCGCUCGACCACAACAUUUCACUUGCAUUCUCUGCGUCCGGUUCCUUCAUAGCAAGCACACUACUUGCAGCUACUGAACCUGGUAUGUCAGAUGCCGGCCCAGCUACUUCGGCAUCAACACAUCAGACUACCACAGUUCACAGGUCUAGUAGUCCACUGCAGUUGGCGGAUAUGUUAAAACGUAAACGCGCUGUAAAACGUUCAGGCGGAGCAGGAGCUAGAAGACCACGCACUCGCGAGGAAGUAACUCUUGGACACCAAGCCCUUGGUCAGCCGGCCCCAACACCAACUCCUAGCAAUGCCCCUCACUCAUCCAAUGUUACUACAGCUGGUCGUUCUGCAAGUCGUAUGGGCGGCACAUCUAAGACUUCCUCUUUCCUGUCAUCACUGAAUCCUUCGCGUUGGGGUCGGUCGCCACAUGCGCACGCGCAUAAGGACACUGGGCUUUUGGCCUCUCCACAUACUUCUGCAAAUUUAACCCUACAAAAUAAGGAAAAAGUUCGUGAAUGGAUAGAAUGCGUGGCCAAUCGUCUGCAACGAGAGUGGGGUGCGUUGGGUGGAGGGGGUGGAGCGCUGCAGCAGCUGGCCGCACUAGCUGCAGCUUUGCCGCGUCGAGCUGACCUGGCACUUGAUCCGCUCAUUGUGCUCCGAGACACACUAGCAAGCCAUGAUCUCUCCCCAUUCGAGGUUAACCACUCCGGGGUAAUAGGCGCCUUGCUCCAAUUCCUGACGGGAGCGGACUCAGACUCGGAGUCGACUGAGAGUGAGCGUGAAGGCGAGGGCGAAGGCCGGCACUCGGCCGAACAUAUCGCCGCCUGCGAGGACCGUUUGCGUCUCUUCCUGCACGUCUUCGCUGAUAUGCCACUCGUUUCAGAUGAGAGCGAAUGGAUGGAGAAGGCGAGCAGUAUUGGUGGUUUCGCAUGUAGCGGUGCUGGGGCGCUCAGCGCGCUGGUGAGCAAGGUCAACGCGUGCGUGUCCCACCUCGAGCAAUUCCCUGUGCGAGUACACGAUUUACCAGCGCGCCCCGCCACAUCCGCCCUCAAGUUCUUCAACACCCACCAGCUUAUGUGUGAUCUCAAACGUCAUCCCACCUGCAGCACAUUAAAGCAAUGGAAAGGGGGCGUGGUGCGGAUAGAUCCUUUAGCCUUAGUGCAAGCUAUUGAGCGGUAUCUGGCCCAGCGUGGUUAUGCGCAAGCGCGAAAUCGAGAAGGUACCGGCCCCCUCACAGACGACGAGGCAGCUUCGGAUGACGAUGUAGAAGAUACUCUCGCUACUACACAUCACGUUGCUGAGUCCGAUCACAAAUUGGAGUUCCUAAUAGGUGACACAGUGCUCCCCUAUAACAUGACAGUAUAUCAAGCUGUGAGACAGUUUGGUGAACAAAAUGACGCCGAUACCGAUACGGAAACGCCGCUGGCUAACGCGGGUAUCUGGGUGCAAACGCAUACGAUAUACUAUCGCGCCGUGGAAGGCGGCGAACAACCACGUACAGACGCGGCCUCUUCGCGUAAAGGCAAAGGACAAACUACAAAGAUGUCUUCACGUCGGAAACCAGAUUUACUAUGGACUGAAGGAAUAGUGCCAUCUCAGUCGAGCUCCCUCGUGAUCAUGCUGCGAUCAGCGAGCAUCCCCCGUUGGGGUGGUGAUAUCCGAGAUGCGUCGCUACCGGCGCUGGCGUUGUUGCGCGCUUUGCACGCCCUCUCCCGGCAUUGGCACACACUAUACAGGGCUGCCUGUUUGCCCGAUCACCGCCCACUUGUGCCCAACUCAGACUUUAUAAAUACUAAGCUCGCUGCUAAAGCUAACCGACAAUUACAAGAUCCCCUCGUGAUCAUGACUGGAAAUCUCCCGCCUUGGUUAAAGAAAAUUGCUUAUGCUUGUCCCUUCGUGUUGCCGUUCGAGUGCCGCCACCUGUUGUUCUACGUGGUCUCGUUUGACCGCGACCGCGCGCUGCAACGGUUGCUGGAGGCUGGCGGGGAGCGGGGCGCACCCGCUGCCGGCUCGAGUGAGACGGAGCGAGUGGCGCCGCGUCUCGACCGGCGUAAGCGCACCGUACAGCGCGACAAUGUUCUGCGGCAAGCCGAACACGUGAUGCACGAGUUUGCUCACUCAAAGGCGCUUCUCGAAAUUCAAUACGAGAAUGAAGUAGGCACCGGUCUCGGGCCAACAUUAGAAUUCUACGCGCUCGUGUCGCAAGAGUUGCAACGGGCCGAUCUCGAUUUGUGGCACGGCAGUGAGAACUUUAAGCAGAAGCCGACGUCAUUCGGUGGUGAGAUCGUCAAGAGCCAACCCACAGUUGUCUCUGACAGAUCGUCUGAUGCGGCGUCUCGGUUGGCAUCGUCCGUCCGAGAUGCCCUUAAUCUAGAUGAGGAUAGAUCACCAGAACCAUCAGACUUGGAAAAGGAGACCUCAAUACCGUCCCCAGCUCCAGACGCGACUUAUGUCACUUGGCCGUGUGGCCUCUUCCCCCAGGCCAUCGGUAGAAACGCUCGGGCUUCGCACCUCUCGAGGGUCAAAGCCAAGUUCCGUUUCCUCGGAAAGUUUAUGGCUAAGGCAGUUAUGGAUUCUAGGAUGGUGGACAUACCCCUCUCUGUGUCGAUGUAUCGAUGGGCUGUCAGUGAGCAGCAGUGGCUGAGCUUGAGCGACGUGCGACACGUAGCACCGGAGCUGUGGCGUUCGCUGUGCCGUCUACGUCGCGUCGCUGACAGGGCGCAGACAAUCGCCGCUGACAACAAUUACUCCCCUGAGCAGAGGAAUCAAAUGAUAAAUGCAUUGGAACUAGACGGGUGCCCGAUAGAAGAGCUAGGAUUGGACUUCAUCCUUCCAGGCGAUGGGUGCACGGAGCUGCGCCGCGGUGGUCGCGACCUGCCCGUUACAGCACAUAACUUACACCAUUACAUCUCGCUGGUCACUCACUGGCUCCUCUAUGAAGGUGUCACGAAACAAAUGGACGCAUUCAAAGAAGGCUUUGAAUCAGUAUUUCCACUCGGCAAUCUAAAGAUAUUUUACCCUGAAGAAUUGGAACAAGUUUUCUGUGGCAGCCCAUUAGGUGGCAGGGAGCAACGUUGGGAGCCACGCAUGUUGGCGGAGUGCAUCAGACCGGACCAUGGCUUUAACGCGGAGUCUCCCGCGAUCCGCAUGCUCAUAGACAUCCUUGCGUCGUAUAAUCGCGAGGAACAACGGCUGUUCCUACAAUUCGUUACAGGAAGCCCACGACUCCCCACCGGAGGUUUCAAAUCUCUAAAUCCGCCUUUGACCGUGGUCCGGAAAUCUCUCGAGUCCUCGCUAGACCCGGACGAGUAUCUGCCGUCGGUGAUGACGUGCGUGAACUACCUCAAGCUGCCGGACUACAGCAGUUGCGAGGUGAUGCGCGCCAAACUGAGACUCGCUGCUUCAGAAGGACAGCAUUCCUUCCACCUCUCCUAA